AAAAAACUUUCACUAUGGAUUCAAGUCAUUCAACCAAAGAAACCGGCGAUAUCCCAAUCCCAAUCACCGAGUCAAAGUCAUCAAAAAAAACCCCUCCGGUGGCGGCAGUGUCAAGGUGGAAAAAAGCUUUUGCGGCCAAGAAAACCGCCCACCAGCCGCCAGUGUCAAGGUGGAAAAGAGCUCUCGGCAUUCUCGACUUCAUUCUAAGGAUCUGUGCCAUUGCCACCACUCUAGCGGCGGCAACCGCCAUGGGCACCACCAACCAACAGCUCCCGUUUUUCACCCAAUUCUUCCAGUUCAAAGCCGACUACACUGAUCUCCCCGCUUUCACGUUUUUUGUGAUUGGAAACGCCAUGGCUGGCGCCUACUUAGUUCUCUCAUUGCCAUUCUCUAUAGUCUGCAUCGUUCGUCCACAUAUCAUAGGAGCCAGGUUGAUGCUCCUCGUUUUUGACACGAUAGCGGUGCCUUUGAUCACUGCUGCUGCAUCUGCGGCUGCUUCCAUAGUCUACUUGGCACACAAUGGUAACUCCGAUGCAAACUGGGUGGCGAUUUGUCAACAAUUUGAUGAUUUCUGUCAGCGAGUCAGCGGAGCUGUGGUGGCUUCUUACAUUGCAGCACUGAUUUUCAUAUUUUUGGUGAUUGUUUCUGCGGUGGCUUUAAGGAGGAAGUAAGUGAAGACUGUGUGGACUACUUACAUAGUUACAUACGUACUAUGAUUGUGUUUCUUUAUGUUGUGUUCUUGUGAUCAAGAAUUGAAAGGGUGGUUCUGUAAGUUGAUGUUUGGUAUAGUAUAUGAAUCUGUUUAAUUUAAGUUGUCA